AUGUCGGUGCACAACGAUAAAGACUACAAGGAGCGACUGAUCGCCACCGUCAAGAAGGAGGUCAAGCAGGUGAUGGAGGAGUCGGUCACCAGGAAGUUCGUGCACGAAGAGAGCGGCAUCGUCACGUCCCUGUGCGGCGCCGUCGAGGCAUGUCUUUCGCAAGGCUUGCGUCGACGCGCCCUCGGGCUGUUCAAGACCUCGUCCACGACCGCCCUGCUGCACAAGAUAGCCAAGCAUUGCCCCGAGGCCGGGGCGAUAUCCAAGAGAGUCGAGGAGAUCGAAAACUGCGAUCCGAACAGGCGCUCGUCGAGCAGCAGCGACAGCGUCACCAAGCCCGCCCUCAAGAAGAACCAAUCGCUGCCCGCCAAUCCUCUGCCCAAGUACCUCUGGAUCCGAUUGGCGUUGUUCGACAAACACCUGGCGAAAAUCAUCGACUACCUGGUGAGCAACGCGUCCAAGUACUACGACAAAGACGCCCUGGUGGCCGACGCCGAGUACGGCACCAUCCUGAGCUCCCUGAUGAUGGGCCCGUGCGCCUUGGACUACACCAAAAUGCGGAACCAGGACCACUAUUGGACCGAUCCGCCCGCCGACGAACUGGUGCAAAGACACCGGAUAUCGAGCGGUCAUUCGACGCCGCCGUCGGUGCGCCGGCCCAUUUUGAACUUCCGGCGAUCGUUGAACACCAGCUCGGAGGACUCGCACUCGAAUCGAUCGUCCGCCCAGCAAAUCGCCAAGGACUACGUGGAAACGUUGCACCAGAACAGCAAGGCGACGUUGUUGUUCGGCAAGAACAACGUGCUGGUGUUGCCCGUCAAUUCGGACCUCUCCAAGCCGAUACCCGGGUAUUUGAGUUUGCAUCAGAUGGCUCAAGGUUUGGCUAUCAAAUGGACGCCCAAUCAGCUGAUGAACGGAUUCGUCGACGAAUCGCAGGAUAAAAGUGUAUUUUGGGAGUACGCCUUGAACGUCAGACUGGACGACAUCGUGUACGUCCAUUGUCAUCAAGACAGCGAAAUCGGCGGUACCGUCAUCCUGGUAGGCCAAGACGGGGUACAAAGACCACCGAUACACUUUCCCAAAGGCGGGCACAUGUUGGCGUUCCUCAGCUGCGUCGAGACCGGCCUCUUACCCCACGGCCGGUUAGAUCCACCUUUAUGGUCGCAGCGCUCGGGGAAAAACCACACGAAGCGCCGGCGACCCCUACCGGCUCUAGCAGAAAACGAGGAAACCUCCAAAGACUACGUGUUCCGGAUCGUCGACAACGCCUGCAAUCACACCGACAUGCUCAAAAGGAACGAAUUGAUGGACACGCACGUCUCGCUGCCGACCAAAGCUCGAACGCAACUGGGCAGCACCAGCACCAGCUCGGAGAGCUCCACCAAGAGCUUCAGCAUCGAUCAGACGGCGCCCGACAGCCCGCCCAGCGUCGUCGUCCAGGCCGUCUGCGAUUCCAUGAAGCGACAGAUCAUAUCCAGGGCGUUCUACGGGUGGCUGGCGUACUGCAGGCACCUGUCGACCGUGCGGACGCACCUCAGCGGGCUGGUGAACGCGAAGAUCGUGACGGGCGAGGGGGCGGGCGACGGCGACGGCAUCACCGCCGCCAAAUGGUCGGAGCUCUGUUCGGACGGCGUCGUCUCCGACUACACCGAGGUCUACAGGCUGACGUACUUCGGCGGGAUCGCGCAGGAGCUGCGCCACCAGAUAUGGCCCUAUCUGUUGGGGCACUACAAGUUCGGCAGCACCGGCGAGCAGCGCGACCAGCUCGCCGAGGAAACGAGACAGGCUUACGAGAACACCAUGUCCGAGUGGCUGGCCGUCGAGGCCAUCGUGAGGCAACGGGAUAAGGAGAACCAGGCGAGCGCCAUAGCCAAAUUGAGCAGCGAGAGCACCUCCGGGGAACAAGCGCCGCCGCCCGUCCUUCAAGAGGAGCUCUCUAACGAGGUGUUCGAGGACGAGCGAAUAUCGGACGAGGACGAAGACGACGAGGAAGAGGGCCAGUGUUCGAAGAAAACGAGACAGAAUACGAUAAAGUACGUGAGCGACGAUGAAGAGGAAAAUGGCGAGGAUGCCGGUAAAAAGAACGAAUCGAACGAAACUCUCGAAGCGAACAAACCCGAUGGAGAACCGAACGUCAACGAGGAAUUGAAGGAUUUCAUUCACAACGUCGUCGUUAUCAACGCCAGCGUCGAUAUAUGCAGUUUAGGCAACGAAAGUCCGAGAAUAACGAAUUUGGACGCCGUCACCGAAGAGAACAACUCGUCGUUGGACACGUGCAUAGAAACCCACGGUUUGGCCUCGCCUGCUCGAUCAAAUUGCGUGUCGCCUGCCAGCUCGAACGGUGGAAUUUACAGCGUAAGCCCAUCUCUAACAUUUCCGAAUCGUAAGCCCCCCGAAAAUAUCUCUCGUAAUAAUCCGCAGCAAGAACUCCUCGAAACGUUCGGCCUGAACCUCCAUCGCAUCGAAAAGGACGUGCAACGCUGCGACCGGAACUACUGGUACUUCGCCGAAAAGGAGAACCUCGACAAGCUGCGCAACGUCAUGUGCACUUACGUUUGGGAGCACCUCGACAUCGGCUACAUGCAGGGCAUGUGCGACCUGGUGGCGCCCCUGCUGGUCAUCUUCAACGACGAAUCGCUGACGUACGCGUGCUUCUGCCACCUGAUGGAGCGCAUGGUGGAGAACUUCCCCAACGGCAACGCCAUGGACUGUCACUUCGCCAACAUGCGCUCGCUGAUCCAGAUCCUCGACUCGGAGAUGUACGAGCUGAUGCACGCCCACGGCGAUUACACCCACUUCUACUUCUGCUACAGGUGGUUCCUGUUGGAUUUCAAGAGGGAGUUGAUGUAUCCGGACGUGAACGCCACCUGGGAGGUGAUUUGGGCGGCUCAACAGGUGGCUAGCAGCCAUUUCGUGCUGUUCCUGGCGCUCGCUUUGCUGGAAACCUACCGGGACAUCAUCCUCUCCAACGGGAUGGAUUUCACGGAUAUAAUCAAAUUUUUUAACGAAAUGGCGGAGAGGCACAACGUGCGAUCGGUGUUGAAGCUGGCCAGGGACCUGGUGCACCAGUUGCAGAUUCUCAUCGAGAAUAAAUGA